CAAGACGCCAGAUAGCGGGGCUACGCCGGGUAUUUGUAGGCUAACAAGGCUGACGCAGAUAAUGCUAUUUCCAAAAAUUUAUCUUGCCUCCCUCUCCUUCCAUUGAGAACACCGGACUUCUGGCAUUGAUACGAUCCAACUGGUGCGGUUGAAAGCGACAGAAUGAGUACUGCUGAAGAGUCUGAGAGUUCAAAUGUCGUUUUCACAGGCGAGGGACGUCCAUGUGUCACGGCUGCAAAGCCGAGCACCUUCCGCGUGAAGGACAAAGUGGUUCUUGUCAGUCAAACUGGAUCACGUCUGGGGCCCUAUUGGAUUGCAGAGGUCCUUGGGCCUGGGGUAUAUACUCUAUGCUUUGAAAACGGGCAGCCUGCCGAGGAAGGGGAAAGGAUCUACGAGGUCAGUUUGGAGGCUGCACCGUAAGGUGGUUCAGAAAUGUGAUGUUUGAUAAGCUGUUGUCUAAGUCUUAUGACUUCUAAAACACAUAAUCUGCCAUAUAAAAGAACAGAGACACGAUGGACACACGGAUUCUCAUGUCGUGAGGCUGAUGAGCAGCUAAUUAUAGCCUAAUCGACCGGUCAGUAUUUACGCGAAGUCAUAAGGGCUAGAUCAACCCAGCCUGCAAAGGAUUGCGCUC